UGCAUUAAAUGGCAUAUCACAAGAAAUCUUUUACUUGGUCUCCCUGUGUUUCCCAAGUGUUAACUAAGACUUGUCUCAUCAAUCUUAAACCUACCGUCACUCCUAAAUAAGGUCCUGUGCAUCUGAAAAUUGAUACUGAAAGAGAAUUAUAAUUCUCAAAUGAUUUAGGAUGGAAUUGGCACAAAAGCUGGAAUAUACCAAAUCUAUCAAUUAAAUUACACCUUCUAAACGAAGAUACACCUUCAUGGAUAGACUGCCAAGUAGAUUUCAAAUUUUAAAUUAGGCUUAAUUGAUGGCUGUAAAACUUAAACAAGAUGGACUCUAUGAAGAAGUAGGCUUGGAGGGAGUUACAUAACAAGACUUGGUCGAUGGUAAAGCCUUUUUCUCGGUAUAUUCAUUAAUCGAUUUUUUUAGGGUGUUAAAUUUAACAGCACAACUUACAACCAUUAAGGACAUAAGUUUCAUUUGAUCUUUUUAUUGAAAACUUUAAAUAACAUAAUAAUUGCACUUGAGUCUCCUCCUGUAUUUGUAGAUAGUAGGAAAAGUGCAAGAGAUGAACACAGAUAAACAUAGUUUAUUCAACCAUUCGAACCAAAAUAUUUGGAAAGGAAUUUUUGUAAGAAAGAGAAGCAUUUCAAUGAUGUAAUCUAAGCCCCUAUAGAAAAUAAUGAAAAUGGAUUACACAACUAUCUAACUGCUCCAAACAUACGUAAUAAGGUAUGAGUUUUAAUGUUAUCCUGUAUAGAUUAAACAUCCAUUAUUUUUGGCCUUGAAAUUUUCAAAAUGCAUGGCCAUCUAUCAUUUAAAAACUAUGACAACUGAUAAUCAUAUGAUAGAAUUUCAAAAGCAAUUAAAAUAAAAACAAGGAUAUUCCGAAUACAUCAUUGCCUUUUAAUCAAAUAACAAUAGAAUUCGUAAAAAAGUAACUAUACACAUUAUAUUUUAGAUCGAAGAAUCCUUAAUCUAGUUAUUCAUUCAAAGUAGCGUGAAAGUUAUGGAGAAGAAAUAUGUUGAUGAAACACUCUAUUAAAAAUUAGAUUAUGACAUCAAAUCAUAUUAUGCAUCCUAUAACAAAUUAGUGGAAAUGAUGAACUCAACUAACGCGGAAACAUAGAUGGAGAUUCAAAUCGAAGAAUAGAAUCAAUAAAAAGUCUACUCAUAGAAUUAAACCAAUCGUCAAUAACCAAAUGGAGAACGAAAGUCAGCAUUCAAAAAAUUCACUAAAGAUUUUGACAAGAUGCCAACCAAAAACUUUAGCGAUUUACAAAAUGAAUAUGAUAAUAUUUAGAAGAAGGUGAAAGUGGAAGAGGAGGUGGAGAAUGGACAGCCAAUGCUCCCUGUUAAUGUAUGUAUUUAAUGUAACUAAAAAUAGAUUUAAAAUUUAUUAUUGCAAGAAUAAUUAAUAAAAUAUUACUUAUUCUAAUAAUAAUAUAUGAUUAAUUUGCUAUCUUAAUAGAUCUGA